CAUCCAUUAGCAGGAAGAACAGAUCGCGGCGGAGGAGAAGAGACGAGGCAGCAGAGGCAGACAGAGCAGGAGAAGAAGAAGAAACGAGAGACAAACCAAAGAAGAAAAGCAGCAUGGACGUCUUCAAGAAGGGAUUCAGCAUGGCCAAGGAGGGUGUGGUCUCCGCUGCAGAGAAGACCAAGGCCGGGGUCGGGGAAGCCGCCACCAAGACCAAGGAGGGGGUCCUCUACGUCGGAAACAAGACCAUGGAGGGAAUGGCAACAAGUGUUAACACAGUUGCCCAGAAGACAAAUGAACAAGCCAACAUUGUUGCAGACACCGCAGUCAGUGGAGCCAAUGAGGUUGCCCAGGCAACCGUGGAGGGGGUGGAGAACGCAGUGCUGGCGAGUGGAUUGGUCAGUGCGGAGGAGGUACACGUGUCUGAUGAGACCUCAGUCCAAAAAACAGAAGGUGGUGGACAGCCGGAGCAGACCGCUCAAUAAUCAGACUGUCAUUGGUCAGACAUACUGUCACUUCCUGUUGCUGCCCGUCCAAUGAGAAGCCAGAAGAGAACCCUCAACAUAUAUGGCUGUCACUCUACCCAUUUCCCUCUGAUGUUAGCUAACCCUCAGGCUUCAUCUAAACUAAUCUAACCUCACUAGCCAAUAGGAAUCCUCCCCUCUUGUUGUCAUGGUAAUUUGCCUCUGCAUCAUCAUUUAAUAAAACCUUUAAUCCACUUAUGGUCAGACGACCAGGAUGUCUGCAGCUCUCUGCCGUGGGUGAAGACAUCAUAUAGAUCUAAUCAUAGAUAUUCACAUAUAGAUGCAACGUAUGCACUUCUGAGAUGUGACACAUGGACGCCAUAUUGGAGAGGGGACAAACAUGAAUCCAUUGUAGAAGCUGUGAUUUAUAAGGUAAAGGACAUCAUAAUGGGGGUACUGGCGAAGACUUUUGGAGGUCUAACUUUGAAAUAGAUUGAUGUUUCAGUGAAUUAACAUUUUAACCUAUGUGGAUCAGAUGCUAGUGGGCCUCUACCAUAAAGACCGGAUGUAGUGUCAGCCCUUUGGAUGAUUUUUUUCUGUUAAAGACACCUGUCAGAGAAAACUGAUUCACUAAAAUCCACACUGGGAGGCACAUGAGAUAAGAUAAAAUGUUUUUUCAGCCUCUUUAGCAUCCAUACAAAAAAAAAGAUGGGGAAGUUUUAAAAGUUGAGCAGUGACUGAGACAAUGUCUGAAAAGCCCAGCUAUUUUAAAGACCACACCAACCAUGGUCACAUUCUAGCUGUGACUGAGGACCAACUGGUCAGGGCUCAGUGGAUGAGGGAAAUAUGUGGAGAGGAGGAAGUUUAAAAAUGUUAACAGACUUUAUGUAACAAACUCAGCUUUUUAACAGUUAAAUCGAGGGGGUUUUAGUCCCCAGAGGGAUUUAUUUCAUGCCCCUUUCUGCUAAAGAGGCUGGUGUUUUUAGGGCAGAUUUAGAUCUAAUCUGGUUCAUCAUAAUUAGACCUCCACUGUCACUGACUCACAUUCAAUCAUCAGCUGGCGUUGCACCUCUUCAAUAUGGUGGUGAUGUGACACAUAUCAGAAGGCUGAACCCAGUGUCUACCUGUACAUAUCAGCAGUCAAAUAUUAGCAUUUUUAGACCAAAGUGACCUAUAGGCCCGCCUAUGCUGACAAUCACCUAGGAUACCGCCAUAAGACUUCAAAUACACGCCACUGCAAGGGCACACACUGUCAAUACACACAGAAACAUGAAAUACAUACACUAAUUAUACACAUGAUUUAUAUACACUCUAUUCACACACUAAUAAGCAGUAAACGAGAGCUUUAACACUCUCAUAGGGCUGUAAAUGGGGUAGCUGGUGUAGUGGAUACAGCUUGUGCAGCUGGUCCAGCUGUUGUAGCUGGGGUAGCCGGUGUAGCGAGUGCAGGUUGUGUAGCUGGUGUAGUAGUGGGUGUGGUUGGUGUAGCUGGGGUAGGUGAGGUUGAAGCUGGUGCUGCAAAAAUUAACCUGAAUGAGAAUCUACACAGAUACUAACUGAGCCUCUGAGCUGAUCUGUUUUUCUUUGAAAACUUCAAGUUAAAAUA